AUGACAUCAACAUCUGGGUCUUCCUCAUCUUACAAGUAUAUGCUAUACUUUGUCGGUAUACUCCUACUAAUUCAUUCAGGAUACUCUGCAUUUGAAUUCCAUAAAUACGCAAUACACUACAACCACCAUCUCCAUCAACAACACCAACAACACCAGCAGCAACAACACGAUCAUCAUAGCUCUUUUCAGUCUAUUUCUUUACCAUUGGAUAUUUACAUUGAGGCCAUUGUUGGAUUUAUUAUAGUCAUGGUCGGAGCUUUAGUUUCAAUUGAAAAUCCAGUGCAUUUGUCAAUCAAAAAUGGAGAGGACAAGUUGGUUUUUGAAGAGCUGAAGUAUUUGAGACCGAUUGAAAUGAAGGAUAGUUUAAAAUUGGGUGAUGCUGUUGGUAUAAAUGCAUUUGAAGAAUUACAACUGAGAUUGCCAUUUAUUGAUAUUGUAGCAAAGAGGCAAGAGUAUGAAGAUUGGGUUAAUCAAGAAAAGUCAAAGUUGGAGUCAAAGCAAUAG